CUAAAAAAGUCCUUUCUGUAAUUUCUGAUCUUACCUUUCUUUCUUUGACCCCUCUGAAAACGCUGAAAUUUUGGUGCUGAUAAAGAAAAUUGGAUAUCAUAUAUGAAACGUUUGCAGUUCAUGGUCUAUAGAUUUUCACUACUUACGAGUUGAACUGAUGGGAAGAAUUUCAAUUUUUUAUUUGAUUUUUGCUAUUAUAAGUAUCAUAACAACAGAAUUUGCUUGUAAUGGUGAUGCCAAUCUCACACAUUGUUUAGAAUCAAAUCGUGAGGCUCUUAUUGAAUUCAGAAAUGGCCUGAAAGAUCCCGAGAACCGGCUCUCAUCAUGGCAUGGAAGCAACUGUUGUCAGUGGUGGGGGAUCAGGUGUGAUAAUAGAACUGGAGCAGUUGCUGUGAUCGAUCUUCACCACCCGAACUAUGCUACUGAAGAGUACAGGUAUGAAUUUUGGAACUUGAGUGGAGAGAUUAGACCUUCAUUGCUUAAACUCGAGUCCUUGACAUAUUUAGACUUGAGUUACACUACAUUUCAGGACAUCCCAAUUCCUGAAUUCUUUGGUUCUUUGAAAAAUUUGCGCUAUCUAAACCUGUCAUAUGCAGGGUUUAGUGGCAUAAUUCCUCCCAAUUUGGGAAACCUCUCUAGCUUGAAAUAUCUUGAUGUUUCUUCUGAAUUCUCCAGUCUAAGUGUUGAUAAUCUUCAAUGGAUGACUGGCCUUGUUUCACUAAAACAUCUUGAGAUGAACCGCGUUACUCUAUCUUUGGUGGGUUCAAGCUGGAUAGAGGUACUAAACAAAUUCCCAUUUUUAACUGAAUUGCAUCUUUCACAAUGCAGCCUUUCUGGUUCCAUUUCAUCUCUUAGAUCUGUUAAUUUCACUUCACUUGAAGUUAUAGAUCUUAAUUUUAAUAGCUUCAACUCGAAGUUCCCUGAUUGGCUUGCAAAUCUCACCAGUCUUGUACAUGUCGGUAUGAGUCGUAGCGCCUUGCAUGGAAGGAUUCCACUUGGACUCAGUGAGCUUCCGAGUUUACGGUAUUUAGACCUUGGUUUCAAUGACCUUAGUGCCAGUUGCUUUCAACUGUUCAGGGGAAGCUGGAGAAAAAUAGAGGUUCUCAAUUUUGCUACAAAUCAAUUACAUAGGAAACUUCCUUCUUCCAUUGGGAACAUUACAUUUCUCACUGACAUUGAUCUGCAUGUCAAUAAUGUAGAUGGUGGAAUUCCCAGCUCCAUCGGUAGACUUUGCAAUUUGAAAUAUUUUGAUUUCUCUUAUAAUAAUUUGACAGGAAGUUUACCUGAAUUACUUGAAGGGACUGGAGACUGUGUUUCCAAGAGUCUUUUGUACUUGAAAUUGAGUAACAAUAGGCUAAUUGGUAAAUUGCCAGAAUGGUUGGGUCAUCUUGAAAAUCUUGUGGAACUUGAACUGGGCGAUAACUUGCUUGGAGGUCCCAUCCCUGCUUCUCUAGGGAAGCUUUCAGAAUUGUCUAUCUUGGAUGUUUCUUCCAAUCAUUUGACAGGUACCAUCUCAGAAGUGCAUUUUGCAAAGCUAAGGAAGCUGAAGAGCUUAUACUUCUCCUCAAAUUCCUUAAUUUUAAAUGUCAGUUCCAAUUGGGUCCCUCCAUUCAAAGUUACUGAGCUUGACAUGAGUUCAUGUCACUUGGGUCCUUCAUUUCCAACUUGGCUUGAAUCACAAAGGGAGCUUGUGUUCCUUGAUUUAUCAAAUGCUAGCAUUUCAGGUGCUAUACCAGCCUGGUUUUGGGAUAUAACUUCUAGUAUGCUGGCCUUAAAUGUUUCUCGCAAUCAGUUACGCGGUCAGCUUCCAAAUCCUUUAAAUGUAAUCAGUUACUUUUCAGAUUUCAGCUUCAACCUCUUUGAAGGUCCAAUCCCUCAUUCUAUUGUCCAGAUUGGUUUACUAGAUCUCUCCAACAAUCAAUUUUCCGGUCCAAUCCCUCAAAAUAUUACCAUUUCAGGGUUGAUCUUUCUCUCUAUUUCCAACAACCAACUAACCGGACAAAUACCUUCCACCAUAGGCGAAAUGCACGACCUUGUCAUCAUAAAUCUUUCUUGGAAUAAUUUAACAGGAAGUAUUCCUUCAAGUAUAGGGAAUUGUUCUUCCCUAGAGGCUUUAGACCUCGGACACAACAGUUUGUCUGGGGUGAUUCCAAAUUCUUUGGGUCAGUUGAAACAGAUUCAAUCAUUGCAUCUAAAUGACAACAUGUUAUCAGGAGAAGUCCCCUAUUCUUUCAUGAAUUUAUCAAGUUUGCAGAACCUAGACCUUGGAAACAAUUAUUUAUCCGGUAAUAUUCUGCCAUUGUUUGGAGAAAGUUUUACAGAUCUUAGAAUCCUUAGGCUGAGGUGGAAUGCAUUUUCUGGAGGAAUUCCCACUGAGCUUUCGCAUUUAAGUUCACUGCAAGUCCUUGACCUUGCUCAUAACAAUUUGACUGGUACCAUUCCGGUCGGCUUGGGUGACCUAAAAGCUAUGGCACAAGAGAAUAAAGUAAACCAAUAUCUCUUAUACGGGUACAAAGUUCACUACUAUGAAGAGAGUUUGGUUGUGAAUAUGAAAGGCGGGACUCUAACAUACACCAAGACUCUGUCCCUGGUAACCUCCAUAGACCUAUCCGAAAACAAUUUAAAUGGGGACUUUCCAGUGGAUAUAACAAAAUUGUCAGGUCUUGUGGCCUUGAACUUGUCAAGUAACCAAAUCAGUGGCCGAAUUCCGGAAAACAUUUCAAGUUUGCGUCAAUUAUCAUCCCUUGAUCUGUCAAGUAAUAAGCUCUCGGGUGCAAUUCCUCCAAGCAUGCCGUCAUUAACAUUUUUGGGUUAUCUGAAUCUAUCGGAUAAUAACUUCUCUGGUGCAAUUCCUUACACGGGGCAGAUGAUGACCUUUAGCGAGUCUGCUUAUGCUGGAAAUCCUGGUCUUUGUGGACCUCCCCUUGUUGUUAAAUGCCAAGGCGAGGAUUCGUAUCAACCAAAGAAUGUUGAGAAUGAGAAUGGCGACGUCUUCAUUGACAAGUGGUUUUACUUGAGUGUUGGCUUGGGAUUUGCUGUUGGACUUCUGGCUCCUUACUUGAUCAUAGCAACAAGAAAAUCUUGGAGCGAUGCAUACUUCAGUUUCGUGGACAAAAUCGUAUACAGAUUACCAUGCGUGAGAUACAGAGGAGCAAUUCGCAAAUGGUGAAAAUCUGGAUAUGUCGCGCCUGGACCUGAAUCUGGACGGAUUGUUGCUGUGAAGUACCUGGUUGCCCGGGCAAUGGCUCCUUACUGAUUUUCAUUAUAGUAGGAUUUGGUUUCGAGUUGGUUAAAUUCAGGUUUUGCUUCUGGUUGUGAUGGAUUUGUGGGAUGAAAUUAAUUUAAGGUUGAGUUUGUGCUUUUUAUGUUA